GUGUUGCUUUCCUUUUUCUUGACGAGCUGACGUCAUGGUGAUAAGGAGAGCUUUUUUAGUUGAGUUCCAGCCUGAAGUUCCACACUGUCUGGUUAGCAGUGAAGCUAGCAACUUCUGCUUAUCCCGUGGAAAAGUAUAGCUUACUGAUAAACAUGGCCAACCAGGGACCUGCUUAUGGAUUUAGUAGGGACAUUCGGAACAAGAUUGAGAAGAAGUAUGAACCUGAGCUGGAGGAGCGGCUAGUAGAGUGGAUUAUCGCUCAGUGCGGAGCGAGUGUGGGGCGACCUGAGCCGGGGAGAAUGGGGUUCCAAGCCUGGCUAAAGGAUGGCACAGUACUGAGUCUCCUGAUUAACAGCCUCUAUUCUGAGGACAAGAAACCCAUUAAGAAGAUUCAGGACACAGACAAAGCUUUCAAACAAAUGGAACAGGUGUCACGGUUUCUGAAGGCAGCUGAAGAUUAUGGAGUCAACAAAACUGACAUCUUCCAGACUGUGGAUCUGUGGGAAUCAAAGGAUAUGGCUGCUGUUCAGAGAACUCUCAUGGCUUUGGGAAGCAUUGCUGUAACAAGAAAUGAUGGGCAUUACCAUGGUGAUCUAAACUGGUUCCACAAGAAAGCACAAGAGAAUAAGCGAGAGUUCACAGAAGAACAACUGGCCCAGGGGAAGAACAUUAUUGGCCUGCAAAUGGGAAGCAACCAAGGAGCAUCGCAGGCUGGGAUGGUUGGCUAUGGACAAACCAGACAGAUCAUUAGCUAAAUAACAAUAUCGAUUUGAACUCUUUUUCUCUCUGUAAAGCAUGAAUUUACCAUUUCAAAGUCAACAAUAAGUCCAAACAGCUCAACACUAAACCUUCAAUGACCUAAAUUGAGAGAUAUAGAUGAGUAGUAGUUAUUUAUUAUUUGGCUGUUUUAAAAUAAAUGCAUUUCUUAACAAAAUAGUUUUGAAAUGGGCUGUAAUUUGGCAUGAUUUUCAAGACAAAAAAUCUACAUGCCCACCCUGGACUGCCAAGAACUGCAUGUCACAUUGCUAACUUGUAAUUUCAACCAUCUUUGUGGAAUUGUGUAAGUGUAUUAGAGCAUGUUGGUAAGGCUUAUUGUUCAUAUGGCUUAACCAGUCUGCUUUUUUUAAUGUCAAUCUGCCUAGUUACUAAAAAAUGUACGUUUUCAAAAAGAACUAUACAAAAUGUUUUAGACCAGUCAUUAUAAUUUGAAAGACAUUUUGGAAUAAUUGAGCAAAGCAUGAAUUUCAAUAAACUAAUAAAGAAGAUUUAAUGUUUUCUGUGUAAAUGGUCAAAGAAGUUCAAAGCAAACUCCUGAAAUGAUUACAUUACCAUUCCAACAACUUUUUUUUACACUUUUAAAACUAAUUUUUGCUGUUUUACUUUGUUGCAUUUGAUUGUUGCCUUCCCAAAACUCCCCUUCUUGCUCAUCAUGAACACUGGGGGAUGUUGUUUACUUGCUGGUAAUUUUUGAUUUCCAAAAAAUUCUCCAAGUUUACUAUUUAGAAGUGAAAUAUUUUUUAAAAACUUCCACAAGGAGUGGGGAAAGAAAAGUUAACUAGCAGCACGCAACUCUGAUGCUAAGCAACAGUUGUAUCUACGGUAGAAGCAGUGAAUAGCAAGAGAAUUAGUUAGUGGGGCUAACCUGUAGUUUUUGGUUUUCUUAACGGGUUUCUUUAUGGGAAGGAUCCGUUUACGGUCAUAAGUGCAAGUUUCUAAAAUGAGUCAUGUAUAAAAUGUCCCUACUGAGAAUUACUCUUUGAUUAUGUUGUACAUUAUUUUUGUUAAAACAAAUUCUGAAUCAUUUAGCCCUAAAUUUUGUACAUUUUUGUCAUUUUGAAACCAUAACAACUUAAAUAAAAGUUUUGAGAUGGAGAA